AUGCUUCAGGAAAGGUCGACGGCACAAGACCUCCCUCACCACCACCCGUCGAUCUCUCUCUCAUUGUCCUCGCCGUCACUUGCGAGCACCAUUCGCACCUUUCGCGAGGACGAGACGCGCUCCAACAACGUGCCGGCCACUGCGGACGAGCAACUCCACUUUCGAGGCCGUCGCAAACAGGCCCCGAGCCCUCUAUCUUCGCCUCUCAACGGCGGAUCCCCAUUUCGCCCACGGCCCUAUCACGACAGUCCACGCUUCGACGAACCGCGCAGCCCACGCGAGAAGCUCGACGCCCUACUUGCAGAAGAGGACCACCACACCACGCCCGAUCCCAUUCGCCAGGCCAAACCAGCGCAUCCGCCAACACCUCCCAGCUUGCCCUCGUCUACCUUCUCCACCACUAGUUUCUCCACUACCGGCUUCCGCACGCCCACGAGGCCGUCUGCGUAUGCCCAGCUACGCCAGGUCUCGUCUCCCGCUCUCUCGUCCGCUGGCUUUUCUUUUUCCUCGUCUGCUGGAUUCUCCCCGCCAGCCUCGCCCUUCAUCAUGCCUCCACCGUCGCGUCCUAACCGGCCUGAGACGAGGCCGACGGUGCCUGUCCGCAACCCUUCGAUAGACUCGGCAGCAUCCUCGCUCUCGUCCACGGCUGCUCCUGGCGGCCAUGCGCCCCGCCCGUCCCAGGAUACGAGCACCGCAAAUCCACCAGAUAUGGCCGCCUUGAUAGCCACGGCCGGCUCGCCAGAGGCUGCCAUGCUCGUUCUAUGGAAGGAAAAGCAAAACACAUCCAGCCACAAUGCCCAGCUUUGGCGGCUGGUCGAAAAGCAACGGUCCAUGGUCAUUGGUCUGCAGAAAGACCUGGAGCGCGCAUUGAAGGACAAGGACCGCUAUCGCAGGAAAUUCAAAGAGUACGCCGAGCAGGCACCACCAGGUCCUGGCGCAUUACAAAAGUCCGACACCUUUGAUUCUGUCAUGGAACGUGAGAACAGCGCGUCACCAGCCCCUAGUGAGCCCAUUGACGAUUCAGCCAAGCUUGGCGACUCGAGGACUGUAGAGCACAAGACAUCGCCAUCUCCCCUGACCCAAGAACACCCCGCCCCUCAUAUCAUACCAGACUCCCAUCUAGCGACAUCGCCCUCUCAAUCCACCGCAUCCAACAACACUUCCGCCCUCAACUCACCUACAGACAACUCCGCCCAGCCCCAAAACACUGGCAUUGCAGGCCUUGGUCUAGAGGCAACACUACUACAACCUCCCACUGUUGCUGAACCGCCUGAACGCGCCCCGAACCCAACGACGCCCCCCGCAACUGCCGCUGACGCGACACCAGUUCCAGGUGAAUCCCAGCUCCAACCUCCCCAGAUCUCCCUCAUCCAUGCCACCCCAAUCGUUGGCAGCGAUGGCUUCGACUCGCCCUCACCAAAGCCUGUGCACCCUAUGCGAAAAGCCCCGCCAGCUCCCCUCAACCUCUCCAAGCCGAUGACGACUAGCGCACACCUUCACCAGGCUGUGCACGGUGACGACGCCGAGUCGGAUUACGACGACACACUAGAAGUGGAUGAGAUACCGCAAGUGGAGCGUGGAAGGAGGAAAACGCGUGAAGAGGACGAUAGGGUGCGCGAGGCUUUGUAUUCGCAAGACCAGGAGGCACGGAGCAAGUCGAAGAAGAAGAAUGAAAACCACAGCAAACAGGCUACCCCUGCUGAAACUCGUGGCAACGAUCAACAUCAGGCAGUGCCACCACCCCUUUCGUCUCGUCAGCUCGAAGCAUAUCAACCUACCGGCCUUCCACUUUCUCCUCGUCACCCGCCUGCAAGCUCUCUGAAUGCUCUGCUCAGCCCUGCAAACUCUGACAGUUCCAUGAUGGCCAACCGAAGCGUUGCAUCGCCCCUCUUGAGCCCCGGACUUCCGUCUAGUCCCCGACCCACAGACAGACCACUUGGAUCACCGCUGCCGAGAAACCCCAAGCCGUCGUCGUUGGCGUCACCACCCCUGUCGCCCAGCGUCAUGAAUCAUCCAGCAACGCGGACACUCCAGCAGAUGGUACCCAUUCCGCCGAACACACCACAGUCAUACCAGUCACCACCAACAAGUCAGGGCCAAAAGACUGCGCAGUCAAACAAGGAAUCAGCUACAGCCCUUUUGACAGUACCUGGUGCACACCCUAGUCCCGACUCACCAUCGAGUAGCCCUACAUUGAAUGAUAUCCCAGACGCAGAGCAUGUUUAUCGAGGUCUUGUUUCAGAUCAGUACCCGGGACUCUUGCUUCCGCCAAAUGCACUGCCUUCCAUCCAAGUCAAGGUUUUCUCGUCUCGUCUCCGACCAUCGCGUUUGAGCUUCUUAGCCCCGAAACCUCAGGACGAGGACCCUGUCUUCAUCCUCGCAAUCUAUGCCCGCUCAGACAACAAGCAGCUGUGGCGCGUAGAGAAGACGAUUGCUACAUUGCCUACUCUGGACUCUCAACUGAGAUCUAAUUGUGAUUUCCAAGGCCGACUCCCUGACCGUGCUCUUUUCGGAGGACAUGCCCCUGCAAAGAUCGAUGCUCGAAGAGUUGCCCUCAACCAGUACAUGGACACUGUCUUGGAGACACCCAUGAACGAAAAGACGGCCAUGAUUGUUUGCGAAUAUCUGUCUACUGACGUAAUUGGCGCGCAAGCUGGUGACAGGUUAGCCCCAGAGCCCACAGGACCGGCAUUGACAAUUCCAAACCCGAAAACAACUCGAAAGGAAGGCUACCUCACCAAACGCGGCAAGAACUUUGGAGGCUGGAAGGCCCGCUUCUUUGUGCUGGACGGCAGUGAAUUCAAGUACUUUGAAGGGGAGGGCGGUGCACAUCUGGGCACGAUCAAGCUGCAGAAUGCACAAAUCGGUAAACAAUCACAACAACAGUCUUCAAACUCAUCGCCCCAGCGAAAAGACGAUUCAGAGGACAAUCAGUAUCGACAUGCUUUCUUGAUCCUAGAGCCGAAGCGCAAAGACUCCUCAAGCUUAGUUCGCCAUGUUCUAUGUGCCGAAAACGACGAAGAGCGAGACGCUUGGGUCGAAGCUCUUCUGCACCAUGUUGAGAUACUAGAAGAAAGCUCCCCACAAGAAGUUCGUGCUCCCAGUGCGCCACGCGUUCAAAAACAACAGGCCAGCCAAGAUUCGACGCGGUCCCAGCGUAGGGAAAGCCCGGAUUUAGCAGAGCAAAGCCGCACACAGGGCAUCAGCUAUGAUGACACUGUUGCAGCCCAAGCUCCAGUCCACGGCCCCAACCAUCGCGAUACACUGAGGGAGAAGCCUUCGCGAGGGUCACCAAAAGACAAUGGCUUCUUGCAAGAUAUGUCCGGACAUUAUCCCUCCAUUUCUGGUCCUAGCAAUGGAACCCCUAUCAAGGACGCUGAAAGCUGGGGUGCUAAAUUGCCGUCAGGCCCCACGGCGGUCAAGGACAAAAAGCGAAGCAUAUUCGGAUUUAGAGGUCGCGGCUCAAACGAUCUCGUGCCUGUUCAAGUGCAAGCGCCACUGAAGCCCCCUGUCGAGCAACGCAUGCCUGCUAAUCGCAGCAUUUUCGGCAUUCCGCUCAUGGAAGCCGUGGAAUAUACCCAGCCUGACGCUCGUGUUGCGUUGCCAGCCGUCGUGUACAGGUGCUUGGAGUAUCUCCGAGCGAAGAAGGCGAGAAGCGAAGAGGGCAUCUUUAGGCUCAGUGGAUCCAACAUUGUUAUCAAAGGAUUGCGCGACCGGUUCAACAACGAAGGUGACAUCAAGCUCUUGGAAGGAGAGUACUACGACGUCCAUGCCGUGGCUUCGCUGCUCAAACUGUACUUGCGAGAAUUACCCGCCUCUGUCCUAACUCGAGAACUGCAUCUUGACUUUCUCAAGGUUCUCGAUAUGGAUGAGCGCAGCAAGAAGAUUCAGAGCUUCAAUGUCCUUGUGCACAGGCUUCCUAAGAACAACUUUGAGUUACUACGUCACCUGUCGUCGUUUCUCAUCGAGAUUGUUGACAACUCCGAGGUGAACAAGAUGACGGUGCGAAAUGUCGGCAUCGUGUUUGCGCCGACGCUCAACAUUCCAGCACCGCUGAUCUCGUUCUUCUUGACCGAUUUCACGGACAUCUUUGGCAUGGCACUCGACGAGGCCAGCUCACCCAUCCACGAGAUCCGGAAUGACUCGUAUGUGUCUGACGACGUGGCAAUUCGAUCCCCUCGUCGACAAAUGUUCUCGGAAGUCCCGACGCCUUCAUACAACGAGACGACAUUCAACCAGCGUAUGGAACGACCACCCCCUUCGUUUCAAGGUGGACGCAGUGCUCCAAAUUACCCACCCCCUCAACCCCCACAACAACAACAACAACAACAGCAGCAGCAGCAGCAGCAGCAGCAACGGUAUCACCAGAGUCAACAAAGUGGUUAUGAAUCCGGUUUUGUGUCCACGCGGCCGACGUAUGAAGCGCCACCUUACGAGCAGCCAUACCGUCAAGGAGAGGGCUAUGGUAGCCUAAAUGGUGCAGUACAGAGUAGCAGUAGCCGAGAGCAACGGCAGCGGAAACGCGAGAGUGGCAUGCUACUCAUGAACAUGGGCAUGGGUGGACACCGCAAAGGGUCGAGCAGUUCGGGCACCAGCAACUAUCGUGGAGAGGCACGGAUGGAUGGGCGAAUGAACGCUCGACACAACCCUUUAAUGGUACGGGAAGAGACGGCAUUUGACUGAGCAAGACUCUGGUCUUUUAGACACAGGAUUGUGUCGCAAUCUACAGACACGUUGUCUAAUUUUUGAUUCUUAAUUCAGGGCCACGGACUGGAUGUGUGGUUGUUUGGAUGGACCAUGUACAGAAGAGCGGACGAUAUUUGGCGUUCUGGAUACCCGCCUGCUCGCUGCAGGCAACUGUAUAUGGUUUCGGCUUGAGCAUUGCAGCGGCGUCGUUUAUGUUUUUGUUUUCUUUUGCCGAGAUAUCCUGAUUAUUUAUUUUUAUAGUGGGUUUUGGUUUGCUUCGUAGCGCGGCGCAAGUCGGAUUCCAGCGGUCCAGGGCACGUUCUGGAUGCAGUGCUGGGAUUUUGGAUUUGUACAAGUUUCAAUAAAACUCGAGUUAAAUUCCA